CGAAUUCGUGGAGAUGGAGGUGCCGUACAACGGCGCCCCGAAGAGGCCGGGCUCGCCAUCGCCCCUGACCUCCCCCGCGCACAGCACUGCCUCCAGGGGCGGCCUGCUGCAGUCCUGCUGCGGGCGCUGCUACCCCCAACGUUAUCAGCAGGCGUACAGUCAGUACAUCCCGGCUACAAGAGCUCAAGUGUCCGGGGCCCAGGGUGGGCAGACGGGGGUCGCCAUGGAUGGCACUUACCUCGUCGAGGCCUCGUUCUGAAAAGUCCCCUCGCGCACUGUAAACGACACAUUGUAAAAACCGAACCGGACCGAACAGAGAAAAAAUAGCGAA